AUGGCUGGAUCAUUAUCUGAUAACCCGAGGGGCAGGCAAGCGGUCGAGAUAUCGUCCGUCUUCACUGGUCUGGCUCUCAUCACCGUCGCCCUUCGACUGUAUACGCGCUUCUUUAUCAUUCGCUGCGUGGGUAUCGAAGAUGCCGGCAUCGCUCUCGCAAUGACAUUUUGGUCCAGUCUCAUCGUAUACUACCUGUCGCUCGGUUUGACCAAAGGAUCCAUGCUUCUCCAAUAUCGACGCAUCUUCCCGACCAAGAAGUUCCAAAUCGCGAACUGGCUUACGAUGGCCGUGGUCGUCGCCUACACCGUCUGGACAGUCUUCUCCAGUAUCUUCACCUGCACACCUGUACGAGCUUUCUGGACUCACGAGAAGUCUACUUGUCUUAACCAAUUCGCCGUCUGGUUCACGAACGCCGCCAUCAACAUCCUUACCGAUUUCGCGAUCAUUCUUCUUCCUAUUCCGGUCAUCCAGAAGUUAAACCUCGGGAAGAGGCAGAAGAUUGGACUCAUAUCCAUCUUCGCAGUUGGCGGAUUGGGUGGCAGCAAGGCGCUGCGCACAAAAGACGACUACGUUCUAGACGUAACGAAGCGUUCUAAUGGUUCGAGCGAGGACGCGAGAGACAUUCAAGUCGUUACGGACAUCCACGUAGAGGUGGAUGGUGCCGAUGGGAGGAGGCUGAGUGGCUGGAGAACGCCCGCUUCUCAGGCCACCUGGGCGGACGAUAUAUCCCGCAAGGAAACACAAAGGGAAAACAGCACUGAGAUGCUGGUAGACGAAAAUGCGCGUGUGUCGAGGUAG